AUGCAGAAACGCGCAGCUUUCGGUGACCAAGGGUCCAAGGAUGGUGACGGUGGCUUUGGACAGGGCACCCCCGAUGAUAAGCCUCACCGGGCGACCGCGGCCCAGCUGGCCAGCAGAAAAAUCAAGGACGUUCGCAAACGUCGAGCCCCUACACCCACAGCCGGCGGUGGUGCCGACGCAGGCUCGUUCAACCCCUUCGCGGCUCCAGCUCCGGCCGCAACCCCUGCUCCUCCGUCGACUGGUUUCUCAUUCGGACAAACGCAAAAUCAGAGCCAAAGCUUCCCGGGGGCUAGCUCGGCAGCGAGCCAGGGUGGGAUGUUCUCAUCCGGCACCAAUGGUCAAGCAGGUGGUCAGUCGUCAUUUAGCUUCGGCGGUGGCCCAACCUCUUUCGGGGCUCAGCCAGCAAACAACCCGUUCUCUAUCAACACUUCCUUCGGUGGAAGCUCCCAAACAGGCACCAAUGGGUUCAGCUUUGGAGGUUUCAAUUCCGGGGGCUCUGGAAACCAGGCGACCCCCACUCCCGCCCCAGCCCCAGCUCCAUCAUUCGGUGGGUUUGGCGUACAGCAAAACACUAGCACACCCAGCUCCGGCUUGUUCGGGCAAUCUACCUCACAUAUCACUUCGCCCGCCGACGAUAGCAUGCAGACCUCACCAGAUACGAAACCUAAGGGAGGCUCAGUGUUCGGGGCCAAGCCAGCUGUAGGAGGGUCUCCGCUUGCCAAUCCCUUUUCAAGUUUGUCCGGUCAGACGGCCAGUAACCCAUUCGCGCCAAAGCCCGAUGCCACAAAUGAUACCGCCAAGUCCGCGGAACCUCAGCCAUUCAAGCCUCUCUUUGGCGCCGCUGCGGCAUCAAAGCCAGAAGAAGCUAAGGCACAGCCAGCUCCUAGCAACCUCUUUGCGCCAAAGCCUGUCUCGGAUGCAGCUUCAAGCAAUCCAUUCGCGAGCCUGUCAGGACAGACAUCAAGUGCCAGCAAUCUGUUUGCACCAAAGACGGCAACAGAGCAGACACCCGCGAAGCCCGCGGAAGCAGCGAAGCCCUUCAGUAAUCUCUUUGGAUCGACCACAACACCCAAGCCAGCAGAACCUGCUAGCAAUCUGUUUGCGCCAAAGUCGGAGACAGAAGCACCAAAGGCAAGCAACCCGUUCGCAAGUCUGUCCACGCCGAAGGUCACUGAGAACGAGGGUGCUGGAAAGACUGUCGAGGCCCAGCCGUUCAAAUCAUUGUUCGGAACCCCUGCAACCUCAAAGACUCCUGAUGCCGAAAGCAAUUCAACCGCCACGCCCGCGUUUGGAAACAUGUUUGGAACGCCCAAGCCAGCCGAGGAGAAGACAGCAUCCAAGCCCACUGCUGAUCCCCAGCCAUUCAAAUCACUGUUCGGAACCCCUGCAACCUCAAAGACUCCUGAUGCCGAAAGCAAUUCAACCGCCACGCCCGCGUUUGGUAACAUGUUUGCGACACCCAAGCCUGCUACUGAUGAUGCGGCGGCCAAACCUGCUGAAACUCAGCCGCCCAAACCCAUGUUCGGAGCGCCAGUGACUUCAAAGCCAGCGGAGGCCGAUAAGCAACAGACAUCUGAACCUGCCAAGUCUCAGCCAUCAGGGUCACUAUUCGGUGCUUCCCCUGCCCCAGCGAAAUCUGGGGAAGAAAAGUCAGCUCCUACACCUAGUAACCCAUUUGCUGGCCUUUCCGGACAGAGCCCGUUCAGCAGUUCAUUCGGGUCCAAGGCGCCAGAGCAGACAAGCCUCGCACAGCCUUCAGCAUCUUUGUUUGGGUCGAGCAUAGCAUCGAAGCCUGGAAAGGAAUCAGCCCCAGUAGUGGAAAACACCUCCGAAGGCUUAUUCUCCGGUUUCUCUCAAAAGGGAGGACCGACGCCUGACACCACACCCGCGCCUUCGCAAGCUCCUACUGAUCUGAAAAGUUGUUUACGUCCCUCUUCCUCUUCUUCUCUCCCACCCUCUUCUUCUACGCCUACCGUUUAUCCUUACGAUGUUUCCAACACUCGCACUGCUCAAGAAGCCGACAGUAUUUUCCACAAGGCUUCUACUUCUGACGACGAUAUGUCUGUUUCUGAGUCCUGCCUCGAGAGCGACACGGAUCCUGAGGCUGUUUACGUCAAAAUUGCGACGCUCACGUCUUCUUUCAAAACGCAUGUGGCCAAGUGUGAUCCAUACACUAACGACAUCGACGAAACCAUUCUUUUGUACGCUGAACUCCGCCGAAGCCUUGGAGUUCCCAUUGGAGCCAUGGACCCCGAGGAAGAGCAGGAACGCGCCAUGCUCGGCGAGUCUGAUGCCGAAGAGGAUGAAGCCGACGAGGUCGACGAGGCCACUGCUGAUUCCCAGGCCCCUCCCCGAGCUUUCGACUCCCAUGCUCUCUCCACUGCCAAGGACACCAUUGCCAAGCCAUCCUCUGGUGCCUCUGACACUGUCAACAAGUUCAAGCAGUCUUUCUCGGCCCCUAGUGGCGCUGCCUCCCCUGCGCCCAUUGGAUCGUUCACUCCCGCCCAGGCUCCUGCGGCUCCGCUUUCCUUCACACCCGCCGGUGUUCCUGCUACAGACGCCAUCGCCACUCCAGCUGUCGUUGCCGCCGAGUCAUCUGCCUCGGCUCCUGCAGCUCCGGCUUUUGCCAUUCCCAAGUUUGGUAGCGACUCUGCCACUCCUAUCUCUAGCGCCCCUGCCCCUGCUUUCUCCAUUCCCAAGUUUGGCAGCGGCUCGACUGGUGGAACUGACUUCAUGGCCCAAUUCAAGAAGACUGCCGAGAAGACCGCCGCUGAGGAAAAGGCCAAGAGAAAGGCUGAGGACUUCGACUCGGAGGAUGAUGAUGAAGAAGAAUGGGAGCGAAAGGACGCCGAGGAGCAACGUGCCAAGCGUGCCAAACACGAGGCCGCGGCCACCAAGCGCCCCGUCUUUGUUCCUGGCGAAGGGUUCAAGUUUGUUGACGCUGACCCUGCUUCGACUGCCACCGAUUCUGCUGCCGAGACCCCAGUUUCACUUGGUGCCAGCACCUCUAGCAGCUUCCCUCCUGUGUCAAAGUCCCUCUUCGGUGGCAACACUACGCAGUCUUCAAGCUUCGGAGGUUUCAGCGCUCCGCCUGCAUCUUCUUCUCUCUUUGAUGUCAAGCCUUCUGCCACAUCGACCUCGGUUUUCGCUCCUAGCUCAGCUUCUUCCUCAACUUCUUCUGUUUUUGGGAGUGCCCAGCCAGUUCCAUCUUCACAGAACAUUUUCGGUGGUCUUAAGCCAACAUCGCAUAAGCGCAAGUCCUCCGCCGAUGCCAGCGACGAGGAAGAUGAAUCAGCUGCCAAGAAAAAGCAGGCUUCGCCUCCCGCGUCCUCUGCCAGUAGUCUCUUCGGGCGUGUGUCAAACCCGGCUACACCCUCUGUGACGCCUCCUGCUAUCAACCCCUUCAACGCGCCUCUUCCUGCCGAUACACCUAAGGCCACCCCCGCUCAGACCACCCCUGCUACCAACCCCUUCGGUGCAUCUCUCGCUCCCAGUACCCCUGCAGCUACCCUUUCUCAGGCUACUCCCGCUCCGGCAACGUCAACUGCCGUCGCUGUUGCCGAAGAUGGCGAGGGUGAGCCCGGAGAGAUUUUCGACCUUACCAAGGGCAACGUUGGCGAAGAGGAUGAGACUCUCAUUUAUGAACAACGUGCUCGUGCCUUCAAGCUCGAAAACAAAUCUUCCUGGGUUGCUCAGGGUACUGGUACUCUUCGUCUUCUGAAGCAUCCUGAGACUGGCCGGGCUCGCGUAGUCCUCCGUGUUGACCCUAGCGGAAACGUCGUUUUGAACACGCUUCUGAAGAAAGAGUUUGACUGCAGUCUUAGUUCCACCAGCGUUCAGCUCAUUGUUCCCGAGGACAAAACCAUGGUUCAAUGGGCCCUUCGUGUGAGAAAGGAACUCCUUCCAGAAUUCUUCGAAAAGAUCCAAGAGAUCAGGUACUAA